AACAUGGCUUCCAAAAAGAAAGUCAAAACACGUGUGAAAGAUGUUCAUCUAGAUUUCAAGACUGUCAGUGAGUUAGGUGGAGAUAAGAAUGAUGUUCAAUUGUUGGAAGGAAUAGAUGAGAAUGAUGAGGAAAUAAUUGAAGAAUUUGAUGAAGAUGGACAUGAAGAUGGCAUAAGAAGAGAUGAGAUCUUGGAUUUUAUUAAGAAACUAGGAAUUCCAGAGCAGUUUGCUGAAGAUGAACCAGAAGAUGAUGAAAGAAAAGAAAAGAAAAAGAAGAAAAAACUUGCGGUAAUGCCAGACACAGAAGAGAAUGAUGUUCAAGAAGAAUCAAAAGCAGAAACAAAGAAAAAGAAGCAGAAAAACAAAUACAAGAUUCAGCAUGAAGAGAUUUCCAGCACAACAUCAGACUCACAGACAAGUAAAGGCUGGAGCCUUAAAGCCCAUCUGUCAUCAUAUUCACCCAGAUCUUACCUUCUUGUCAAACCAGGCCAGGAGAGCCUGGAAGAAGAGGACAGUGAGGAAGGGUCUUCUUUGCCGUCUGAUCUAGAACAACAAUUGGAAUCUUUUGCAUCCAAACUAUUGGAGGAUGAAGUAUCUGUGUAUCUCAAACAGAGAGAGAAGUCAAAGAAGUCAGAGACAAAGUGGAUUAAAACAGUCCUGACCACUGGCACACUGACAGACAAAGUGGCAGCACUGACCCUGCUGGUACAGGAGUCGCCGGUCCACAACCUGCAGAAUCUGGAGGGACUUCUUAACAUGUGUAGGAAAAAGAAUAAGAGGGAGAGCAUGAUCGCUGCUGACACAUUAAAAGACCUCUUCAUCACAAAUUUAUUACCAGACAGGAAGUUGAGACCAUUUGACCAGCAUCCCUUAGGAGACCUGGGAGACAUUUCUGGAGGAAAUAAAGACACAAUUGACAGAAAACUGCUCAAAUGGUUGUAUGAACACAGGCUAAAGGAAAAGUAUUCAGCAUUCAUCCAAGCUCUAGAGGUGAUGUCAAAGGACAAUAUUUUGGCCACAAGACAGAAAGCAUUAGGGAUAUUUUUUCAGUUGCUUGCAGAAAAACCAGAGGAAGAAAAGGUCUUGUUGGCAUUGUUGGUCAAUAAAGUAGGAGACCCGGAGUACAAGGUAGCGGCCCAAGCAUCACACCUGUUGACAAAGCUGG